AAAAAAUCAGAUCGACUCCAAAUAAACUCCAUCACUCCCUGUUAUUAAAAGGAAAAAGAAGCUGUAAACUGCGUUUUGCUUGUUAGUAAAGUGAAGUAGUCAACCCUAGGUCUGCGUCUUCCUUGGAGACGCCUCAUUCAGAUUCUGGCAAUAGCAUACUAGAAGAUACAGAAAUUUCCAAAACCCCAACUACUUAAAGCGAUACUACUCUUGAGUCGGGUGCUGAUUAGAGAUGAGUGGAGCAGAAAAGGUUGUGUGCGUAACUGGAGCGUCUGGUUACGUAGCUUCGUGGCUCGUUAAGCUCUUAUUACAACGCGGCUACACUGUUAAAGCCACUGUUCGUGACCCAAAUGAUCCAAAAAAGACACAGCACUUGCUUGCCCUUGAUGGGGCUAAGGAAAGGCUUCAUUUGUUGAAAGCAGAGUUGUUGGAGGAAGGAUGCUUUGACUCUAUAGUGGAUGGAUGCCACGGUGUUUUCCAUACAGCCUCCCCUGUCAUCUUUUCAGCUGCCGACCCACAGGCAGAAAUAAUUGAUCCAGCAAUUAAGGGUACGCUUAAUGUUCUUAAAUCAUGUGCAAAAGUUCCGUCCAUCAAGAGAGUUGUCAUGACAGCUUCUGUCGCCUCAGUUCUGUACAAUGGAAAACCUUUGACUCCCGAUGUGGUGGUCGAUGAGACUUGGUUUUCAGAUGCACGUUUUUGCAAGGAGAAUAAGCUUUGGUACAUGGCCUCUAAAACUUUAGCUGAGGAAGCUGCUUGGAGGUUUGCAGAAGACAAUAUGAUCAACUUGGUUGUACUUAAUCCAGGAUUCGUGAUUGGUCCUCUUUUACAGCCAGCUCUAAAUAGCACUUCAGAUAUUAUUCUAGCCCUCACAAAAGGAGAAUACACUACUCCUGGUUUUAGGUUUGUUGAUGUUCGAGAUGUUGCAUAUGCACAUAUUCAAGCAUUUGAGAUCCCUUCAGCUACUGGCAGAUAUUGCCUAGUCCAGAGACAUGCACAGUUUCCGGAAAUUCUGAAGACCUUGAAUGAACUUUAUCCUACUUUGGGCCUUAAAGAAAAGUGUGAAGAUCAUGAGAAGCCUCUUGAGCGUGUUUUCCAGAUAUCCCAGGAGAAAUCAAAAAGUUUGGGUCUCAGCUUCAUUCCUUGGGAGGUGAGUCUGAGGGAAACUAUUGAAAGCUUUAAGGAGAAAGGCUUCUUAAGCAUCUGAAGAAGUGUUGGUUUUAAUGUUCCAUCUCGUUGGAACAUGUUAUUAUUUCCAGUAUGUACCUGUGACCAUCUGCCACUGCCGCCCCCAGGACUGUAUUUCAAGCAUUUGGGUCUUGGUUGAUAAUGUUAGGUUUGCUGUCUAGAAGUGAAUAAUUAAUUAUAUUGACUAUUAAUAUGGCAAGUCAAAUUGUUAAAUGCUUUAAUUAACUUCUGAAGAUAACCACGUGUUAUAAUAAAAGUAAUAUUUGCUUGAA